AUGACCGCGCUGAAGGGCGAGAUGCCCCCGCCCGAUUGCAACCGCACCCUCGGCGCCCCUAUAGGCGAGGGCCAAGAGGUGCCUGGGCGCGGCAAAACGAGAGCUUGCGCGGGCGACCUGGAGAUGGUCGUGCGAGACCUUCGCCACCUUCGUUCUGUGCGCGCUGUCUUUAAGGAGGCGGGAGACAUCGCCUGCCUCGUUUCGAAGGCCGCGAAGUGCAUCCUGAUAUUCUUGGGCCAGCAGUUUAACGAGUUUCUGAAGUUGAAGUACUUCCGCUGGCGUCCGCUGAACAUGCCCGAAUGGUCGACGUUCCAGAGUCAGGACAAAGCUAAAUACCUUGGGAUGUGGUUGGGUCCUGGGGUGCUCGGGAACGAGUGGUUUGCGCCGCGACGGAAGUACUUCCACAGAUGCCGCGAGCUCACAGCGGCUGGUAUGGCCGCGGAAUAUGCCGACUGGAUGCGAGCUUCCGAGCGGGAUGGCCCUGCUCUGACCAGCAUGGUGGCACUCAGCCUCGCCAGCCUCGUGCGAGCCGCGCUGUUCACGCUCAGCGCGUGGCGUGAGGCCCUCGAGGACUUGAGGGGGAAUGCCGGGACUCACCUCCCUUUCGUCUCCGUGUUCGCUGGCGCCUUUCCGUCGAGCCUCUGGAAACAGCCACCGCUUGCCCUGAUCCUGGAAGACGCGAGUCUCGGUUUCCCUGCCCAUCCUAAGUUGUACUCUGCAGGACUUACCGCCCUCAGGAGUCUUGAGCAGGAUAGGAAUGAUAACCCGACCCUCUCGACCAAGCAGCUGCACCCGCAGAAGAUGAUACACCGUGCGAUCCGUGACCAUCUGUACCCUGAGAGGCUCAAUUUGACGCUCUCCCAGAGGCUCCUCGCAGCCAUGUCGUCUCCAUCUCAGCCUAUCGUCAGUCCCGAAGCGGCCAUGGCGCAGUUCCGCUUAGUUCGCUUUCGGGUCAG